AUGCCGCGGUCCAGCUUCUCAGACAAUCCUUUGCUGCGUGUUUCCAGGCCUGUUUCUGCCUGUUCGCGUUGCCGAGCUGCAAAAGUCAAGUGUGAUGGGAAACUGCCGGCGUGUACGGCCUGCGAAAAGGCCGGCCGUGAGAGCGAGUGUUCGGCCGCCAAUGAUCAAUUCGCUCGCGGCAAGGAGAGGAGCUACGUUGCGGCCCUUGAACUUCGCGUUGAGAAACUAGAGCGGCGCCUGAACUACGCCCAGUCGCGCAAGGCAUCCGUAGCCUUUCACACGGAUGGCGGAACGAAUUUCCCAGGGCCUCCUGGUGCUGAACGAAAGGACUCGCUGGCUGUCAUCCGGGCAGCAAUACAUCGCAAGGCAGCUCGUAAGAGGGAAAACUCAGACGUUAACUCCCUUGUGUCAGAUUUCGGCUUCCUGUCGGUAAACGCGACAACCCGGGAUUUCGAGCCAUCGGUUAAUAAUAUGACCUUUGCGCGCCUCGUGCUCGCCGCUGCCGGAAACGACCCACUGCCCGAGCCCACCAAGGCAUCUGCGAAGCUCCCCUCUCGACAAGCGUCCCAUGGCAUUGUCCAGUACUACAUUGCCCACGUCCAUUCCCUCUUUCCGUUCUUCCCCGAGACGUCGCUGUUUGCUCUCCUCGAGGAGCUGCAUAUCCAGCAGCAGCCGACCCAGCCGAACAUGCCGCAACCUCGCUCGAACCUACGGAGCUCUGACUACUGGAUGCUGUACAUGGUGCUUGCCAUUGGCUCGUCGGCCCAGAGCCGGAGUCGGCAGGACUCAUUUUUCAACAGUGGUGUCGAGUACGCCUCACGGGCCAUGCCGUACGCUGAUCGCGCCCUAGCACCCGGACAUGUGACGCAGAUCCAGUCGCUGUUGCUUUUGACGCUGUAUUCGAUGCUCGACCCGGCGCAUUUCGACAGCUGGCACUUGAUAGGUUUUACGUGCCGUGCGAUCGUUGAUCUCGGUUUCCACCAAGAUCCGCCGCAGUCACAGAGCAUGGAUGCAGCGGCCCUUGAUGCGCGGAGAAGGACAUUUUAUUGUGCAUACGCACUCGAUCGAGCCAUCAGCAUGGUCCAUGCUCGAGCGUUCUCGUUCACCGACGACGCCAUCAACGUCGCAUUCCCGACAAUGAUUGGCGUCGUACAAACCCUUCCACAGCAAUCGACGCUGCAAAACAUGCAAGCUCUCCAGCCUCCACGUUCACCUGCGUCCGCCCAGCCGCCAAUAUCACCGUCGACGGUGCCAGCGGCCAACCCGGCGUUGCUCUUGUUCCAGCUGCGUCGUGCCCAGUCACAUUGGUACCAGACCCUCUACCAAUCGGAUCCAUCUGACCCGCUACCCGACCCUGCAGCGUACGUCUGGCGCAUGUGUGCCGACAUGCGCGAGUGGUAUGACGCGCUGCCUGCCACGCUGCCCGGACGCAUCCGCGAGAUGUUCGAUCUAGAGCUGCAGUAUAGCUACGUGUACUGCAUUGCGCCGAGCGCACGGGCGCCUCUGGUGACUGCGUACGGGCGCAUGUUGAUCUUUGAACAUGUCAUCGCAUACGUGGACCGCAUGAUGGCACUCGCCCGAGGAGGACUGAACCCUGUGUGGCACACGUAUCAUGAUUCACUGCGUUUGUUCUUCAUGGGAAGUCAGUUUGUGGCUGUGCUCCGGGACACGGCGACCGCAGAUGCCAUCCUUGCUGGUGGCGGCUCAAUUCCUGUGCCGCUGGCAAUGCCAGGCGAGGCACCUCCGCCUCCGAUGCCAGUGCGGAGGGCAGGCUCGCCGAGCACAAAUUUACCAAACAACAACGGCAGUAGCGCCGCCAGCACUGCCAACAACGGCAACAACGGACUGCCGCCGUCGCUGGCUUCUGCGCACCCGAAUAAUGGCACCAACGUGGACAGGUCGGUUGCUUGCCUGGAGCGGGUCAGCUGGACAUUGAGCGCCUACGGUGCCCGGUGGCAGGACGCCGAGCAGCUUGCCACGGGGUUCAAAACGAUAAGCCGACCCGUGCUGGAGUCGCUCUGGGCGCGCCAAGCGACCCAGAACAAGCAACCACCUAAAAGCGCCGCACCCCCGGUUCCGACGCUGCUCAGGCAGCCGGCAGGACCGGUGCCAGUCCACUAUCUUAAUAGCAUGCAACACCCACCACCACCUCCUGGAAGAACACGAUAG